UGCAUCUUUAACAACUUACUUUUUUCCGUAAUUUCUGCCAUCUCUACUACUACUACUACUACUACUACUACUUUCUUUCUCAACUUUCCAUAGAAGAAAAUUAACACUCAGAAAUGGAGCUUCCCUUUGGGAAAUACUCCACUUCAGCUCAAAGAACCCCAAGUAUAUUCAUACUUUUAAUUUUAGCAGUUGUCGUUCUGGGUCUUAUCCCUCUUUAUCACCCAUUUAAUUGGUACUCAGGAGGUUUAAUAAUCCGAAAUCCGUCUGAAAUUUCACCCACAUACUUUCCUUUCGAGGAGCAGAAGAUAGCGAUUAAAGAAGCAGACAAGUGUGAUGUCUUCAGUGGAAAAUGGAUUUGGAAUCCGGAUGCUCCAUAUUAUACGAAUGUGACCUGUACUGAAAUCCAUGACCACCAAAACUGUAUGAAGCAUGGAAGACCCGAUAGUGAUUAUUUGAAGUGGAGGUGGAAGCCUAAUGGAUGUGAGCUGCCCAUUUUCAACCCGUUUCAGUUUCUGGAUUUGGUCAGAAACAUGUCGGUGGCAAUUGUGGGUGAUUCAGUUGGAAGAAACCAAAUGCAGUCUCUGAUAUGCCUCUUGUCCCGGGUUGAAUAUCCUGUUGAUAUAUCUGACAAUCCAGAUCAAUCUUUCAAAAAGUACAAAUACACAACUUACAACUUCACUCUAGCAAUAUAUUGGUCACCAUUUUUGGUUUCAACGAAAGAAGUAGAUGCAGAUGGUCCAUGCCAUACUGGACUCUACAAUCUAUACCUAGAUGAAGCAGAUGAGAAAUGGACCACCAAAAUUGAGGGAUAUGACUACAUUAUCUUAAACGCCGGGCACUGGUUUGCCCGGUGCAGCGUCUACUAUGUAAACAAUCAACGAGUUGGCUGCAGGUACUGUGGAAUACCAAAUGUAACUGAACUUCCAUCUACCUAUGCAUACCAAAGGGCAUUCAAAACUACUCUUAAAGCCAUCAACAACUUAGAAAAUUUUAAGGGUGUAGCGAUUCUUAGGACAUUUGCACCAUCUCAUUAUGAAGGCGGGAACUGGAAUGAGGGAGGUGAUUGUGCAAGGACAAGGCCAUAUGGAAGUAAUGAGACCGCGUUGGAGGAUCAAAGCAUGGAGCAAUAUAGGAUCCAAGUGGAAGAGUUUCAGGUCGCGGAGAAAGAAGGGAAGAUGAAGGGGAAGAGAUUUAGGUUGAUGGAUACAACGCGAGCCAUGUUGUUGAGACCAGAUGGUCACCCAAGUAAAUAUGGGCAUUGGCCAAAUGAAAAUGUGGCAAACGACUGUGUUCAUUGGUGCUUGCCUGGUCCUAUUGAUUCUUGGUCUGAUUUCUUGUUUCAUAUGUUCAAGAUGGAGGCCAUCAGAUCCCUAGAGGAAAAUCUUCAAUGAGAACAAAAUUAUACAAUGUACUCUAUUU